UGGCGAAGAAAUUGUUCCAGACAGUCUGCUUCUUGCUUUCGAAAAGCAUCAGUCUGCAAGAAUGAAAGUGUUAAUCAUUGCCGCUUUUGCGGCACUCUGUGCACAGUCGGUGCUCGGUGCUGAACUGCACGAGCACAACAAGGUUGUCUGCUAUUGGAAUAGCACGGCCUUCGAACGAGAAGGACCUGGAAAGUUCCAGAUAGACGACGUCCGCCCGGCACUGGCUCUCUGCACGCAUCUGAUCUAUGGAUACGCAGGUAUCAACGCUGAGACGUUCGAGGUCGUUCCGUUGCAUCCGAAUCUCGACACUGGGGCUGGAUACGCUUACUACAGGCUCGCCACGCAACUGAAGAGAGACUUUCCAGAGUUAAAAAUCUAUCUUGGCAUCGGUGGCAACGCUGAUCCAGAGGAGGAUACGCACAAGUACCUCGUAGCUACCGAGACGUCAGAAGCGAGAUCAAAGUUCAUCAACUCGGUGAACCGUCUUUUGCAAGAUUAUGGAUUCGACGGUAUCGAUCUCGCCUGGCAGUUCCCACAAGUGAAAGUAAAGAAGCAACGCAGCACCCUCGGCUCCAUCUGGCACGGCGUCAAGAAGACUUUCGGCUAUGGGAAAUUCAAAGACGACAAGGAAAUGGAGCACCGUGACGGUUUCACCAUCAUGGUCCGCGAUCUGAAGGCCCAACUCAGACAGAAAAUGAAGGCUCUGACGCUCACCGUCUUGCCCCACGUGAACAGCAGCAUUUACUACGACGCCAGGCUAUUGGCACCCAAUAUCGACGCUGUGCACUUGUUUGCAUUCGAUCAAAAGACUCCAGAACGCAAUCCACAGGAAGCUGAUUACCCGUCACCGAUUUACGAGAGCUAUGGGCGUGUUCCCGACGACAAUGUUGACAGACAAGCCAGUAUUAAUUCUUCUUCAAGGUAUUGGCUGGAGAACGGCACACCACCCUCGAAAAUCGUCGUUGGAAUCCCGACGUUCGCUCGUACCUGGAAGUUGACGUCUGACAGUCAAAUAUCAGGCGUGCCACCCAUCGUCACCGACGGUCCAGGUGCCGAAGGGCCGCACACUAACAUGCCGGGUCUCCUUUCCUACGCCGAGGUGUGCUCCAGAUUGACGGAAAGCGCCGUUGGCCGUUUGAGACGCGUUGGUGAUCCUUCGAAGAAGUAUGGCAGCUACGCUUUUCAACCAUACGACGGAAACACUGGUGCUGAUGGAAUCUGGGUUGGAUACGAGGACCCUGACACGGCUGGAAACAAGGCAGCCUACGUGAAAGCAAAGGGCCUCGGUGGCGUGGCCAUUUACGACUUGUCUUUGGACGACUUCCGGGGCAUUUGCACCGGAGACAAAUAUCCCAUCAUCAGGGGUGCCAAGUACAAGUUGUAGAGAGUGAUAAGAGAGUGAAGCGUGUCGUUUCGAAACCUAUCGUGACUGUUUUUGCUAUUCCUGGACGAUAUACUCCAAAUUCGAUGAGCUUUUGGCUUUGUUCCUAGUAGAAACGUCGUAGAAUAUUAUUUGGAAACAAAUCUGAUCGAGAAUGGUUGGUGCAAUUACUUCGUAUUUUUGUAUUUCUUAUGUAUCUUUGGUUCGUCGUGUGCACUACGUCCAAAGCAGGUCGAGCUUGUGUUAUUUUGUUGCAUGAUCGAGGAAACGAUGUAUCCAGAGUGAUGUAUGUAAAAUAAACAUCAUACUUUUUAAC